AUGGCGACAUCAUACCCACGCCCCGACUUCCAGCGCAAGGCCCUGUCCUGGGCCUCCCUCGACGGAAUAUGGGACUUUGUGUUUGACGACAGCGACACCGGGCUAUCGCAACAAUGGCACAAGAACGGGAUCCCAGGCAGUGAAGCCAAACGAGAUAUCCAGGUCCCCUACGCAUUCCAGUCUCCAGCCUCCGGCAUCAACCUCUAUGAAGCGCACGAGGUGAUUUGGUAUGAGCGGACUAUCACUGACAUCCGCACCGCAGAUGAACACUCCAGAGGCAACAGGCUACUUCUCCGCUUCGGUGCAGUGGACUAUGAGUGCUCUGUCUGGGUUGGUGGCUCGCUGGUUGGCAGCCACCGUGGGGGUCAUGUUCCCUUCGAUGUCGACGUUUCAGACGCAUUCAUUAGAAAUAGUGACAAGAAAACUGCGCGCCUGACCGUUCGCGUCCGCGACUCACCAUAUGAUCUCGCGCAACCGCGAGGGAAGCAAUUUUGGGGCCCAGUUCCAGAGAACAUUUUCUACACGCCCACUAGCGGGAUCUGGCUCUCCGUGUGGAUGGAAAGCGUGCCUGCGCUACGCCUCUGCUGUGGUAGCGGUGGGACUGUCCUUCGCUCUGAUGAUAUCGAGCGUGGCGAGCUGCACGGUAAAAUCGCUGUCACUGGGCGUCCGGCGCAGGCAGCGUGCAGUGUCGAGGUUGAGAUCAGCCUGGGAGGUUUGCCCAUCAGCACGGCAAAGGCAGACCUGCCAAAAGAACGGGACUGGGUCAUCGUGGAUGCGAGCAUGAAGGUAUCAAAACCGGAUGGGGUUUGCGAGAAAUCUCCAUUCAACACGGACGAUGUCUGGUACAACAAUGUCGCGUUGUGGGCGCCGGAGCAUCCUAUUCUAUACGACGUAGUGCUGCGACUGAAGCACGGCAGCACCGGCGCCGUCAUAGAUGAAGUUACCACGACAACGGGCAUGCGCAGCCUUUCCUGGCAAACCGGCGACAGCACUUUCCGACUCAAUGGCAAGCCGUACUUCCAAAUGCUGCUCCUAGACCAGGGUUACUGGCCCGAAACUGGAUUGACGCCGCCGUCAUCGGAGGCACUCAAAGCAGACAUUGAAAUGUCCAAGGCGCUCGGAUUCAAUGGAUGCCGCAAGCACCAGAAGGUCGAGGAUCCACGUUUCCAUUACUGGGCUGACCGGCUCGGCUUUCUGGUAUGGGGAGAGAUGGCGAAUGCGUAUGAGUUCGGGCAGGACUAUAUAGAGCGCAUGAAUGGGGAAUGGACAGAGGCUGUCAAGAGGGAUAUCAAUCAUCCAUGUGUGAUUACAUGGACGCCAGUGAACGAGAGCUGGGCAUAUACGUCGCUCAAGGAUAACAUUGACCAACGGAAUCAUAUUCGCUCGCUUUAUUAUUUGACCAAAACCCUGGACCCUAGCCGACCUGUCAACGACAACUGUGGCUGGGAACACGUUAUUACCGACCUCACCACCUUUCAUGACUACACUGACUCGCUGGAGCUUGCAGAAAGAUGCUCGAAGAUGGAAGCCGGGAUCCUCGGCCUGAACGGCAAGUACGAGAUGUUCACGAAGCCAAUUUAUGCCAGUUACUCAAGCCACACACUCGCCGAUCCCGGUUCGCAGCACACGGCCGGUGCACCAGUAAUCUGCACCGAGUUUGGCGGAGUGAAUAUUGCGCCAGCCAAGGACGGAGCUUCUGGUGAGCGUGACUGGGGUUAUACAACGGCGGCGGAUGUGGAAGAUUUCUUGAAGAGAUUUGAGAAGCUAGUCAUGGCAGUUGUGAAAGGGGGACUUUGCUGUGGCCUAGUAUACACGCAGCUGUGCGACGUCGAGCAGGAAGUCAACGGACUAUACUCGUACGACCGCAAGGAGAAAGUGCCCGUUGCGCGAGUAAAGGCGAUCAUGGAUGCGGCGCAGGAUCACUACCGUCAUACCAACGGGACCUCAGGGCUGAAUAAGUUGUUGAAACAUGCAACUGAGAUUGUUGUAAAGCGGAAUAGUCGGUUCUAG